CCCAAGCAAGAGUUGUCAUCUUCAAAACAAGAAAGAAAAAGGGAACUCCAACAGUGUGAAUGAAAAAUGAGAGAAAUUCAGAAGAAAUGGAAAUUAAUGAAAAUUCCUAAGAGGGAAGGGGUCUGAUCUGAUAUUGGGGUGGGUGAAUUGAAAUAGCAACUAAAAAUAUUUCCAGUUUCAAGUAUAACUAAAAUGAAAUAGAAAGAUUUAGCUGAAGAUGUUACAAGUAGCUAAUCUGUAUGAAUGAUAGUAUAAGAACAAAGAAUUGUAGUUUAGAAAUCCAUCUUUAUUGUAUAAGCUGUUUCACUCUCAAUUCAUGGUCUUUUUCUUGUUCUCUUCACGCAGAACCUUUAACUUCACAACUUACUGUCGUUUCGCUUCCCUUGCUGACCUAGAUUCGCCCCUCGCUCUCCUCCGUCUUCUUCAGUUCUCCGCUCAUCGUCAAUCUCUGCAACUCACUAAGCAAUGCCAUGCCCAGAUCAGCGUUCUUGGAUUCAGUCAAAACCCAUUUUUGACCUCAAAACUCAUCUCUGCUUUUGCCGUCUGUGGCAGUCCAGCUGAGUCAAAACUCGUUUUUGAAUCGGUCCAACACCAAACUGUAUAUCUAUGGAACUCAUUAAUCAAUGGGUAUGUUAAAAAUCUCGGGUAUGAUGAUGCCUUUGGAUUAUUUAACGAAAUGUGUCGCGGGAGCGUAUUGCCUGAUGAUUUUACGCUUGCGACGAUAUUGAAGGCUUGUGGUGAUAUUGAAAAUCUGGAGGCUGGGAAAUUGGCUCACGGAAAAAGUGUACGACUUGGUUUUGUGUCAGAUACAGUUGUUGCUAAUUCUCUCUUGUCAAUGUAUUCAAAGUGUAGAGAAUUUGGGAACACCCGGAAUCUGUUCGAUGAAAUGCCGUACAGAAACGUGAGCUCUUGGAAUGUGCUUAUUUCGGCGUAUGCGAAUUUGGUAAAUGGUGAUUUUAAUGAGGACCCGUGGGAGGUUGUUAAAGUCAUGCAAACAGGUGGGGUUAAACCUGAUGCUUUCACUGUUUCUAGUCUUCUAUCAUUGUGUACUGUGGAUAUUGAGAAAUGUGAUUAUGGGAAGGAGCUUCAUUGUUAUGCUUUGAGAAAUAGAUUGGUUUUGGCAGUCACUUCAGAUGUUUAUCUGGGCUCUUGUUUGAUUGACAUGUAUUCAAGGAGCGGUAGAGUUGUACUGAGUAGAAGGGUCUUUGAUCAAAUGGAGAGUAGAAAUAUUUAUGCUUGGACGGCAAUGAUAGGCGGGUAUGCGCAGAAUGGAAUUUUGGAUGAAGCAUUGGUUCUUUUCCGUGAAAUGCUGGUUAGGGAUAGGAUAGUGCCAAACAAAGUUUCCCUCGUGAGUGUUCUUCCUGCUUGUAGUUCCCUGGCUGGUUUAUUGGGUGGAAAACAAAUUCAUGGUUUUGCUAUAAGGAAGAACUUGAACCAUGAUGUGGCUCUCUGCAAUGCUUUGAUGGACAUGUAUGCCAAAUCUGGCAGCUUGAAUUACGCAAGCCGUAUCUUUGAAGAUGGUUCUUUUAGUAAAGAUGCAGUCUCUUGGAGUACAAUGAUUUCAGGAUUUGGACUUCAUGGCAUGGGGGAGAAAGCUAUUCUUUUGUAUGAUCAAAUGCUUGAACUUGGGAAUAAACCAGACAUGAUAACAGUAAUUGGGGUUCUUUCAGCUUGUGGCAGGUCUGGGUUGGUGAAAGAAGGCCUUAGGAUAUAUAACUCGGCAAUAUGUAAAUAUAGCAUUAAGCCCACAUCUGAGAUCUGUGCUUGUGUUGUUGACAUGUUAGGUCGAUCAGGCCACCUUCAUCAAGCAUUGGCUUUUAUCAAUAAAAUGCCUGUGGAAGCUGGACCAAGUGUCUGGGGAGCUCUUGUUAGUUCUUCACUAAUACAUGGGAACUAUGCUAUGCAGGAUCUGGCAUAUAGGUUCCUCAUUCAAGUAGAACCCAGAAAUCCUUCAAAUUAUGUAGCAAUCUCGAAUUUACAUGCCUCUUCUAGAAAAUGGGAUGCUGUAGCUGAAGUGAGGACAAUGAUGCACCAAAAGGGUUUAAAGAAGGCACCUGGUUGCAGUUGGAUUAGUGUCAAUGGGAAGACUCAUUGUUUUUAUGUUGCUGAUCAAUUGCAUUCUCAGUCCAAUUCGAUAUAUAAGAUGCUGGAUGACCUUUUAUUAGUGAUGAAGAGAGCUGGUUAUUCCCGAUUAUUUUGAGGAUUAGAUAUGUCCCUGGAUUUUGAAGAUCGAUAAUAGAAAUAUGCGGCAGCAUUCAUAGGUUGAGUUGCAGAUUAAUCUUCUAAGGUUGAGUUUUUUUCGGUGAUUUGCUAAUUAUGGUUCUUCCAAUCUGAUACUGUUGUUGAUUUCAGGUAGGGUAGCUAAACAGAAACUAACCCUGAAUAUAAAAAUAUAUAUAUGUAUAUGUGUUUAUAUGUA